GGUGCGGCGGCCCGGCCGGCUGGGCCUCCCCACCCCGCCGCCCCGGGCAUGGGAGCCCGCGGGCCAGCGGCUGGGGCCGGAGGAGGAAGAGGAGGAGGAGGAGGAGGCGGCGGGGGCCGCUGACCGGCGGCGGGGCGGCGCGGCAGCCCCGAGGCCGCGGAUCGGGACCGUGGCUGGAGCCGCCCCUCUGCCCCGCUGAGCGCACAUGUCCGCCUGCCCGUGCCCGGAAGAUGACCAGGCUGCUCUUGGGGGUGACCCUGGAAAGGAUUUGCAAGGCCGUGCUGCUGCUCUGCCUGCUCCACUUCGUCAUCAUCAUGAUCCUCUACUUCGACGUCUAUGCGCAGCACCUGGACUUCUUCAGCCGGUUCAACGCCAGGAACGCGUCCCGCGCCCAGCCCUUCUCCAACUCCUCCCGCCCCAACGGCACCGUCCCCAGCUAUGGCCCGGCUGGUGCUGAGGGCCCGUCCCCCAGCGCCAGGCCCAGCGCCAACCAGUCCGCCACCGAGAAGCCCUUGCAGCCCUGCCAGGAGACACCUCCUGGCUUAGUCGGGCGCCUGCUCAUCGAGUUCAGCUCUCCCAUGAGCAUGGAGCGAGUGCAGCGGGAGAACCCCGACGUGCGCCAGGGUGGCAAGUACACCCCUGCAGACUGCCUGCCCCGGCAGAAGGUGGCCAUCCUCAUCCCCUUCCGGCACCGCGAGCACCACCUCAAGUACUGGCUGCACUACCUGCACCCCAUCUUGCGCCGGCAGAAGGUGGCUUAUGGCAUCUACAUCAUCAACCAGUUUGGCGAGGACACCUUCAACCGCGCCAAGCUGCUCAACGUGGGCUUCCUGGAGGCGCUCAAGGACGACGAAGAGUACGACUGCUUCAUCUUCAGUGACGUGGACCUCAUCCCCAUGGACGACCGCAACCUCUACCGCUGCUACGAGCAGCCGCGGCACUUUGCCGUUGGCAUGGACAAGUUUGGGUUCAGGCUGCCCUACGCCGGCUACUUCGGCGGCGUCUCCGGGCUGAGCAAGUCCCAGUUCCUGAAGAUCAAUGGCUUUCCCAACGAGUACUGGGGCUGGGGGGGAGAGGAUGAUGACAUCUUUAACCGCAUCUCCCUGAAUGGCAUGAAAGUGUCAAGGCCGGACAUCCGCAUCGGGAGGUACCGCAUGAUCAAACACGAACGCGACAAACACAACGAGCCCAACCCGCAGAGAUUCACCAAGAUCCAGAACACCAAAAUGACGAUGAAGCGGGACGGGAUCAGCUCGCUGCAGUACCGGCUGGUGGAGGUCUCGCGCCAGCCCAUGUACACCAAUAUCACGGUGGAGAUCGGCCGGCCGCCCCCCCGCCUGGCCCGGGGCUAGUGCUGGCCGCCGGCAGAGCCGCCCGAGUGCCCGGGGCUGGCUGGGCACGGCGGGUUUUGCCCCCGGCUCCAGAGCCAGGACUGACUGGGGGUGUUUCCUGCCUCCUCUGCUGCCUUCCAGCGAUGGCCACCCCUCGCUCCCCAGGAUUUCUGUCCCCGUCCCCACGCGUGUGUUUGCAGGAACCCCCCGCCCCAUACUCGGUGUGUUGGCGGACGAGCUCGGCUCCCGGCGCGGAGGGAGGGGGCGGCCCCAGCCCUGGCCGGCAGCCCCCUGCCCGUGGCAGUUCCGGGGCUGGGGGAGUGACAUCUGGCAGCUCUGGGAGAGCUGGGGGCGGUCCCCAGCGGCGCUGUGAGAAGUGGGGUGCAGGCUUCCCCCUUCACCAGUGCCGGAGCUGCUGCUGCCCCAGCCGGGGAAGGGGGGAGCAGCCCAGACCCCCCCAGAGCAGGCAGGAUCAGGGCGAGGAUGCUGCCCGUGCUGCUGGGCACGCAGAGUGGCUCGCUGUCUUCCUCUGCUUUAGUGUGGUGCUUGGAGCCGGGCCCUGUCUCAGCUCUGCCAAACAGAGACCUCCAGUUAGCGAUCGCCCCUCACUGUGCCUCAGUUUCCCCGGGGAGGGGGGUGGCAGCUAUGUCCUGUCCCCCCCACCCGAAGGCAGCCCCUGCCUCCGCCUGCCCUCCCCUGCUCACCCUGCUGGGGAGGGGGGGAAGGGACUCAUUUGAACCCCCCCAGCCCCUCUUGGCAAGGGUGGGCACAGGGAGAGGGGCUGCCCCACGGUUCCCUCCAGGUGCCCCACAGGCGGUUAGGUGGCCAUUGCGGUGUCUCCCCCUUCUCUGGCUUCCCCCCUCCAGGCUUGGGGCAGGGGGGCUGCAGGCAAGAAGAGUCAGGGGCUGUGCAGGGUAGGCACCCUGCACCCCCUUCCAAGGGAGUGGGAGCCCCAACACUCCCCAUACCCCACGGUGGGGCCAGGACAGUGGGGUUGGGAGUGGGGCAGCACACCCGGGCAGGGGGGCACCGGCGACUUUUGUACAUUUGAAUGUCUGACCCUUUUUUUCAGCGUACGUUGAAUGCAGCGUUCGGUCACACAGACCGGGCUUUUUGUAUUUAAUAAAAGUUUCAAAAGGUUGUGGGGGUCAAGGAGCUGGGCUGGGGAGAAAAUCACCAGGAGAUGAGGCAGUUUCAGUAUCGCCAGGGUUUGGUGGCUAACACCUCCAGGCACGACCCCUUGCCUUGCUCAGCAUGGGUUGGCGGGCCUCCAGCCCUACAGUGUGCCCAGGGCAUGGCCGGCUGCCCUCACUGUGCCAUGGGCAUUUGCUGCUCCCCCCCACACUCUGGGGGCAAUGCUGUCCCCUAGCAGGGACAAGCCAGCACCCCAACCUCUGCUGGUUUUGUAGGUGCAAGGGAAGGUUCACUAGUGCCCAUGCUCAGUGGCAGGACAGGCAUCCAAGGAAGAAAAAGCUGCACCCAUGGCACAUGGUCCCUCACUCUCCAACCCUUCACCUCCCCAAGGUCCCCAAAGAAGGGCACAGC